AUUGGACAACUUGCUUUUAAAGGCAUGAAAAGACUAAACCGAAUCCAGUCGAUAGUUUUUGAGACUGCCUACAACACAAAUGAGAACAUGCUAAUCUGUGCCCCCACUGGAGCUGGGAAGACUAACAUAGCCAUGCUGACGGUCCUUCACGAAAUUCGCCAGCAUGUCCAGCAUGGUGUUAUCAAAAAGGAUGAGUUUAAGAUUGUGUAUGUUGCUCCUAUGAAGGCUUUGGCAGCCGAAAUGACAAAUUACUUCAGCAAGCGUCUGGAACCACUAGGCAUUACUGUGAAAGAGUUGACUGGCGAUAUGCAGCUGUCAAAAGGUGAAAUUCUGCGAACACAGAUGCUUGUGACUACUCCAGAGAAAUGGGAUGUAGUGACAAGAAAAAGUGUUGGGGAUGUAGCCCUCUCUCAGCUGGUAAAACUCUUGAUUCUCGAUGAAGUUCAUCUUCUGCAUGAAGACAGAGGACCAGUGCUUGAAAGUAUAGUAGCACGUACUUUACGUCAGGUUGAAUCUACACAAAGUAUGAUUAGGAUUUUGGGCCUUUCAGCUACAUUACCCAAUUAUCUCGAUGUCGCUACAUUUCUUCACGUCAAUCCCUGCAUUGGACUGUUCUAUUUCGAUGGCCGUUUCCGACCUGUACCACUGGGGCAAACCUUUAUAGGAAUUAAGACGACUAAUAAGGUGCAGCAGCUGAAUCAUAUGGAUGAAGUAUGUUAUGAAAAUGUGUUGAAGCAAAUAAUGGCUGGACACCAGGUACAGCUUUUUUGUUUCAGUUUGCAUUCAGAACACAUAUAA